GUGUCUACAUAUUAGCGUCGGUAGUUAGUUUGACCUAACUGCCACCUUCAUCUUUGUGAAUAAAGAUAACGCAGCUAUUUGAACAUUUUGACAUGUCCAACUAGAUUGAAAAUAGAGCAUAAAGAAAUGGACGUGUUGAUAGCGUUAGGUGUCGGAGCAACUUUUAAAGCUUCUGCAUUAACAUGGAUAGCUAGUGCAAGGCAAAAACAGUAUGUUGGGAAAAUAUCACGAAUAAACGUGUUUCCGCUAAAAUCCGCGCGAGAACUGCAGAACGUUACACAUGUUAAGCUAACCAAACACGGAUUGAUGAUACAGGGAUUGAGCGACAGGCACUGGGUUGUUACUAAAAAUGGACAAAGACAAAACUUGGGCUUUAUACCACAGUUAACGCUUAUACGGACUAGUAUUGAGGGGGACAACCUUCGACUGGAUGCGCCUAACGUGGAACCACUUUUGUUACCAAUAACUCCAGAAAUCAACGAAGAAAAUAUCGUCACUGUUUUUGUGAAGGAAUUACCCCAGUCAGCUAUAGAUUGUGGUGACAAGGCUGCUGCAUGGCUAUCCAAAGUCUUGGGGAAGGACAAUUUAAGAUUACACCACUCGGCACCAACAGUCGAGAAACGCCUUUCCCACAAGGUUUCGAAAGAUUGGCCGACACUGAUCCAACAGCAUGAUGAGGUAGCGUUCCAAGAUUUCGUGACAUGUAUGAUAAUGAGUGAGUCAUCAAUGGACACUCUGAACAAACGGUUAGAGAAGCCAGUUUCACCUUUACAGUUCAGACCAAAUCUGAUGAUCGAAGGAAGCCAACCAUUUGACGAAGAAUCAUGGCAGAAUGUAUACAUUGGUGACAAGGCUGCAACACGAUUUGUGGAUAAAUGUACAAGGUGCCAAAUAGUUACCAUCAAUCCUGACACUGGAUCAAGGGAUAAGGAAAAUCAACCGCUGACAGAAAUGAAAAAAUUUCGAUGUAUGGAACCUUAUGGUUCAUUCAAACCUGUGAUGGGAAUACAUACAGCGGUCGAGGCGGAGGGGGAGAUCAAGAUUGGAGACCCAGUGUACGUCAUCAGAAAAUGAACAUGGGAUAGAAAGAUCCUAAUGUUGCUGAAAUGUUUUCCUGCUGUUUCAAUAUAUAUUGUAAUUACUUCUAUAUUUUGUAUCAGUUCAUUUUUUCUGUGACAGGUUUUCUUAUGAUAUGGACAUUAGACCUCAUAUGGUCCAAAGGCAGCUUAAAUUGCACUGACAAGUAUUAUAGAAGCAAUGCCACAACAUAAACGCAGUAUUUAAGUUGGGACACAAGUAAACUUACAAGUCCCUAAAACAUAUAAUUGUUGCGAACUGAACAGUAACUAUGUGAACAUGAAAUAGACUUGUUUGUGUGUAUAAACUGCACUGCGAAUAAGAUUAAAAUACCACACACUAAUAAAUGUAGGGAUAACGCA